AUGUCCAUCCUCCGCUCCCUCCCCCGGACGCUCCCACGAGUAGCUACCCCGGCGAUCCGCUCGUACGCCUCCGCCGCAUCCCCUUCCAUCAGCGUCACUUCCACCCGCUCGAAUGCCUCAGCUCCCGCUUUGGCCAACAUCGAGGCAAGCUGGAAGUCACUGCCGGCCGAGGAGCAGUUUGAGGUGUACCAGCAGCUCGAGGAGUUGCAGAAGCGGGAUUGGAAGGAGUUGAGCGUGGACGAGAAGAAGGCUGCCUACUUUGUCGCUUUCGGGCCGCACGGUCCCCGCGCCCCUACCAUGCCAGAAGGCAACACCCAAAAGGUGUUCCUCUACACUGCCGCUGCCGUCGCUGCCGCUUUCGGUCUCUUCACCUUUGCUCGCUCCCGGGCAAAGGGACCCGCCCCGACCGUGACGCGCGAAUACCAGGAGCAGAUGACCGAGUACAUGCGCAGCCAGAACCAGAACCCUAUCUCCGGUGUCUCAUCGGAAGGCUACAAGGGGAAGGGAAUGGUGACGUUGUAA